CAAUGGAACCCUGUUUUUGAUGAAGUUUCCAUGUCGAAUAGGCCUCUCAAGAAAGUCAAAAGCCCUGAACGGAACCAAGACAACCCCUUCAACUCUUCUUCAUUACCUCAGCAGCCAGCUCCACAGCCUCCAAUGGCUUUUCCAUCUCCUUAUACCGGUCCUGUUUUUCCAUUCUCAUUGGAAAAUCCAUCGAGCUCUGCUCCAUUGCUUCGACCACCACCGCACCAGAAUCAGCAGCAGAUGAUAUCCUUCGCUCCACCUUACCCAAACCAGCACAUGAACUUUGCCUUCCCGCCGUAUUUUGCAGGGGAGGCAGCGUCGUCGCCGCCGUCUCAGCUUCAGCAGCAGCAGUUGCUUCAGUACUGGAGCGACGCAUUGAACUUGAGCCCAAGAGGUAGGAUGAUGAUGAUCAACAAGUUGGGGCAGAGUGGGAAGCCCUGGUUCAGGCCUUCGAUACCGCCUCUUUCGGCUACAAAGCUUUACAGAGGAGUGCGACAGAGACACUGGGGCAAAUGGGUCGCCGAGAUUCGUCUCCCUAGAAACAGAACCCGUCUCUGGCUCGGCACUUUCGACACUGCCGAAGAAGCUGCCCUGGCCUACGACCGCGAGGCGUUCAAGUUGAGAGGAGAGAACGCAAGGCUGAAUUUUCCCGAGGUCUUCAUUGGUAAAGACAAAGAGGCAAAGGCGUCGUCCCCUUCGAUGUCGCAGGACAACAUAGAGUCCUCCGCGGGGCCGGUCCCUAAGCCCCCGGCUACUGGAGAAAGCGUGAACUUGCCGGGUUCUGAUAAGAAUCCUGAUGCAAAUUUAGGAUUUGAGGCGAGUGAGGCAACGGAAACUGAUCAAGUUCAAGGCAAUGUGGAUAGUUCGGGCGGAGGAGAAGGCGCUUCGCCAUCUUCUGAAUUGGUGUGGGGUGAUAUGUCGGAGGCCUGGUUCAAUGCGAUACCGGCAGGCUGGGGUCCGGGGAGCCCUGUUUGGGAUGAUUUGGAUGCCAACAACAAUUUGUUGCUGCCCCCUAAUCUUCCCUUUAAUCAACAAGACUCGCAGCAUGAUUCUCCUUCUCAGAAGCAGAACGAUAAUUGCUCACCAUCGUCAUCAUCAUAUGGCAGACCCUUCUUUUGGAAGGAUCAGGACUGAAUGAUUCAACGGCAAGAAAGCUCCAUCAGGAUUAAACUCUCUCUCUCUCUCUCUCUCUCUCUCACACACACACACACACACACACUGUCUCUCUCUCUCUCUCUCUUACAGACCACAACCCACGACCAUAGAUUCUUUUCCAGGUAGCAGACAUUUCACUAUGUCUCUGCAAGUCCUUAGUUUCUUGGUUUUUUCACUUUGAUUUCGUUUUCUUCUUAUAGGAAUUCCAGCCCGUCUUCCUCCCUCCCUCUCUCUCUCAUCUCUCUAGAAUUCCUCAUUGGUUGCACGUUUUUCUGAUAUCAGCCUUUGAGUUUCUUUGGGAGAAGUUUAUCAGCUGCAGAAGGCUGCAUAUUUUAGGCCAACUGCAUGGAAAUUCACAGCUUCACUUCAUGUAAUUACAUCACUAGCUUUACUUUGAUGUUUGUCAGCAUAUCAUGAAUCCUCCUCAUCAUCAUCACAUGUAGGUAGGAGUUUGAUCAUCACAGACGGAGACGGUUUUGUGUUCUCCUUCUUAGUGAACAUCCAUCACUCGAUCUGUCUUUUUGUUUUUCCCGAUCUGAUGGAAUAGAAGAAGACUUUUGUAUAAUUUGAUGUUCGCUAUAUUUGAUAGUUGUGCAACUUUUCUUUC